CCAAGCUUUAUGUAACCGAAAACUUCAAAAACCCAUCACCAAAAACCAUUCAAAAAUAAAAUACAAUCCAAGAAAAUGGGAUUACAAAAUCAAUUAACUGAUGUUUCUAGUGAAUCAAUCCCAAUUUUACUAGUAACCCUUCUUGCCAAUUGCUUAACCAAUCUCCGUUCACUUAUUUUCACUUUCCUUCAGUUCCUUGGUUUAUCGUCUUUUCAAUUAAAUCCGAUACAAAUUGAAACUGCCACUUUAUAUGACGUUGUUGGGUCCGGUUUAACAGGACUUGUUAUGUUAGCCGAGCAACUUAAUAUAAACCGUGUUUUUUCAUACACAUUUGAUGAUCAAGACGAUGAAGCUGCUGGUUCAAGUUGUGUUGUUUGUUUAAAUAGAUUGGGUGAUGGUGAACAUGUUAGGAAAUUGGUUUGUAAACAUGUUUUUCAUAAAGAGUGUUUUGAUGGUUGGUUAGAUACGUUUAAUUUUAAUUGCCCGAUUUGUCGGUCUUCUUUGGUUUCUGAGGAGCGCGUGGUGCUAACGCGCCGGCGAGUCGCUUGGGAUGUUCUUGAUUGGUUCUCCUUGAGAUGAAGUGAAUUUACAUGGCUGGCGAUUAUGGUUAUGAUGAUGAUGAUGCAGUAAGCGGUGGUUUGGUUGGUUCGCGGAUUAAAUUAUCUCUUCUGGGAUUAAUCUUGAGGAUAAGAUAGAAUAUUUAAAAUUAAGUUUGGGAUUAAAUUUAUAUUGUAUUUAGUUGAUGGUAUAAGUUUAUUCUUAUAUAAAUUUAUGUUGUCAAUUAAUUACGGUAUAAAUUUAAUAUCUGACUUAAUUUUAUGAUAUUUCAUCUCCGCGUACUAAACGGACCCCUAAAUGUGAUAACACGAUGGUCUUUUGGUGAUGAUAAGGUUUUUUUUUUUUAGAGUUCUUUUGGAUACUUAUUUUUGAAUGGUUUUUUUGGGAAUUAUUUCCAGUUUUUGAGGAACUUGAUGUGAAGUUCUUUUCCACUAAUGUAAAAAAGAAAGGUGCCUUUUUUGUUGGUAGUCUUUGACGGGAGUAAUAUUUAUUUUGCAAUUUUCCUUUUUUCCUUUUUCUUCGUGAAAAUGAGAGACUAUUAUGGCACAAAGCAUUUAUUUAGUUAUGGAGUUCCUUUAUUUUUAGUGAAUUGUGUAACAAAUAAAAGUUGUAAAAUGUAGUAGUUGUUGUUUAUAAGAAAAUAAAUACGUUUUAUUCUAA